GAAUGCACACACACAUACACACAAGCACGCUACACACUUUUGCCCCUUCUCACCCUGCUGAGCUCCCACCCUCUGACACAGCAUUCCAGCGUGAGCAGAUGAAAGCCAGCCACCCUCUGUCUCCUCAUGGGUGGAGUGACGGAAAGCAGUGAGAUACCUAUUGAUACUCACAGAGUGUGAGGAACUGAAGAAGGGGAGAGCAGCAUAUACACCACCACACAGGCACACAGCAGGCUGUGAGCUGAGAGCAGGAAUGGUAGCUGAGGAGAUUGUGGUGUCUCUCUCAGGAGGAGCCCCGUGGGGUUUCAGACUCCAGGGAGGAGCUGAGCAGCAAAAACCUCUACAGGUGGCCAAGGUACGCAGGCGUAGCAAAGCAUGCCGAGCUGGACUGAAGGAACAUGAUGAGCUGGUGGCCAUUGGUGAUCAAGCCUGUGCAGAGCUCAGUCAUGCUGAGGCCAUGAGCCUCAUAGAUAAACAGAGCAACACACUAAUGCUCAGAGUCAAAAGGGCACCUUCUGGCUUGCAGUGCUCAUCUUACUCUGGUUGCUCUGCAUCCCCCCUCUCCUCCAUGAGGGUCCUGUCUCCUACUGCAGACUCCAACAGCUUCUCCAUCCUCUCCUCUGUCGAGAUACCCCAGGGUAUUACCUCCCCUCCAGACAGUGAGGCUUAUUAUGGAGAAACAGACAGUGACGCAGACACAAACUCGCGCACACACCGCCGGCAUCGUCGCACACCUCCUCACGCACGCUCACCUUCACGCUACGACAGGCAAGAAGAGGAGGAGACCUCAGAGAUGAGUGGCUAUGAGAGUGCUACAGAUGCAGGCGUUACCUCGCAGGCGAUGUGGGAUGGCCAGUGUGCUGCUGGUGUUCCUCGCAGAGAGCUCAUCUAUCAGCCUCGCCAGACAGAGUGGACCACUCCUACACACACACCCCACUCGCUGACUCCUCACAUGAUCACCCCGACUCCCGAUCAGGGGUUGGUGGAAGCAGAAGAAGAAGGAGACAGUGGCUUCCAGGAGGCAGGGGGCUGCAAUGGGCUUGCCUGCCCACCCCUAGUGUCUCCAGAAAGGGCGAAAGAGGCUCUAAUGUUAGUGUCUGGGAAACAUCUGGUGCCUAUGGUGGGACCACAGCAGAUGCCUGUAAAUGAUGAACUCUCCACCACCUACAUGGACAAAGCACGGCAAGCCAAGUUACAGCGCGGGGAGAGUUUGGUGGAAAAACAGGUGAAGGAAGCUCGUACUAAAUGCCGCUCCAUUGCAUCUCUGCUCACUGAUGCUCCCAACCCCAACUCGAAAGGGGUGCUUAUGUUCAAGAAACGCCGACAGAGAGCCAAAAAGUACACACUCACCUGCUUUGGCAAAGCUGAGGGAGAUAGAGGAGGGGACACAGAAGGGGAGACAGGAGGAGAGACUGAGGAAGAAGGAGGAAGUUCCAUUCUAAGUGGCUCAGAAUUUGAGGAAGAGGGAUUCUCGGGAUCAUUUGACCCUACGUGGGACACUGGUUAUCUGGACCUGCUGGACAGAAGGAGCUCUGCCUGCCCAUCGACUACACCGACUUCUCCAACAACCAAUCAGGGUGCAGAACUGGACAUCUCUGCAUAUCAGACCCCAGGACGUGUGACUUCUGCAAAUCUAAGGCCAGGUUUGGAAGGAUCACGACUGGAGAGCUCAGCCUAUCAAGAAUCAAGCAGCCUCACAAAGAAACCAAACAGCAACCACCCCCCUUCACACAUGUCUCCAUCAGCUGUGGUUCUGACCAAUGGGGGGUCAGCAGUUGUCAGUCGGGCUAGUGUUGUGCUGAGCAUGCCCUCACAGACACCCCUCCAAAGUCAAAAUGGCAACCCUGAUCCUUCUCCUAAUCAUAGUCCCAACCCAAUCAUAGACUCACACAAUAACUCCAGCUUCACUCCUAACCCUGCAGUUCUGAACCGCACGGCGAGGCCUUUCAACUCUGGCUCCACCCCUUCUCGUGCGUCUGUGACCUCUGUGAUGUUUCGGCCUCCCCAGCCCAAGCCCACGCCCAUAACGAUGGUAUCCAAACCUGUGGCCGCUGUCUCCACAAUGAAUAUCCCAACUUUUCACCCUCCAUCAGAUGCAAGGAGAGCAGUGUCUAGCACAUCUUUGUAUAUCCCGCCAAGAAAUAGCACCAACAACACUUCACCCUCUGUUACCGCUCCCCCGCCAGCCCUCUCACCUCCCUCCUCCCUGUCUUCUGCAUCUUUCGCGCAGCCUCCUACACACACAUUUUCUCCACAGCCUACAGUGCAUGCUUCCCCUUCCAUCCCAUUUUCUCCCUCUGCAGGUUCUCUGCCAUGUGCCUCACCAGCUCAAACCUUUUCCCCUCUGGCUCCACCGUCAUAUCUCUCUCCCCCUGCUUCUGCUAAUCAACCCCCCUCCAACUGCUUUUCAGCUCCUCCCAUCUCCCCACCUCACCCCCAAAAUUUUAAUCAGACCUCUUUCCAUGCCCAAUACACCCCACCACCUCCUCCUCCUACUGCACCCCAGCCUCCUCCUUCUCCAUCUUUCCAUACCUACAAUAACUUGACAGAUGCUACAUCACCUGCCCAGGCUCCUGUCAAUGAUUCCCCGGUGACACGUGAGCAACGCAUCUCAGUCCCAGCGUCUCGCACUGGUAUCCUGCAAGAUGCCCGUCGUCGUAGCAACAAGAAGCCAAUGUUCCACUCAGUCCAGAACAGAGAUGUCUCUCCAAACCCGGACUUGCUGUCAAUGGUCCAAAACAUGGAUGACCGCUUUGAGAGAACCCCGACUGGUGAAUCUGGAGUUACACCUAGUGGGGAGACUGGGCAUGAAUCAGGCCCUGAAGAGGACUGGCUGAGGCUGGGGGCAGAGGCCUGCAACUUUAUGCAGGCACAGCGUGGAUCCAGAGCACCCCCUGUAGCCCCCAAACCACAGACCCCUCAAGUGCCACAGCUGGCAGGGAAAGGAGGCCAGCUGUUUGCUCGGAGACAGAACAGGAUGGAUCGGUACAUUGUAGAGCGAUCUCCAUCUGUUGCUGCUGCCCCUUACUCUCCUGCUCAGACAAGGGACCCCUCACCCACACCUUCCCUCCCUGCCACAUGGAAGUACUCAUCCAAUAUCCGUGCUCCACCUCCCAUCAACUACAACCCUCUCCUAUCUCCCUCCUGUCCUCCUAAGGCACAGAAGAAACCCGAGAUCACGAAGUCUAGGGCAGCUGGACCUAAGGGGCAGAAAGCAGGCCUCAAGCCUGUGGACAUCAUGAGCCACCAGCCCUACCAGCUCAACUCUUCUUUGUUCAGCUAUGGAAGUGGGGCUCUCCAAGACACCUCCACCCAUCAGCAGCAUAGUGGACUAACAGGUGGUCCUCAGAAAACAGCACGAGUCUGUGAGGUCAAACGCUUCUCCACACCUCCACCGACAGCCACAGGGCCCACCCUCAAAGUUAUUGCACCUCGAUCAGCUACGACACUUGGGGAACCCCUCCGACGCUCUGAUAUCAUGUCUCCUCCACCCAGUGAAGGUGCCAAACCCUUCCAGUGCUAUUCACCUCCGAGCCAGCCUCAGUGGGCCACCUCCCUGCUGUCUCCCCCACCGCCUCCUGCACCUACCACCCCACUCCCUAGGCUACCUACCUUCUCCUCUGCUCAUGCUUCUCCUACAUUUUCCCAGUCCUCCAGUGCUGCACAGGCUAACAGGCAGAUUAAGAGUACUCCAAAUCUAAGUCCACUACAACCUGCUCACCCCCCUCAGCUGGCCUCCAGCAGCACUCAACCCAGCAGGGUCCCCAGGCCUAGGUUCAGCACGUCCAACCUGGGUCUGCAGCCUUGCGUCUGGCGUCCCAGUUCCACCACGCACUGAAAAGAAGCUGCACUGGACAAAAUGAAUAAGGGCUCUAUAGGAACACAGAGCAAUAUUUUUUUAAACAUGCAUUUUUAGUGUUGUAAUAUUGUUUUUUAAAGCUGCAGUUAAGGGCUGGUGAUAAAAAUCACAACAUCUGCUUGGAUUGGCCAUGCUUGUAGAAAAUUUGAUCAUUUAAUCACUUUCAUUUAUUCAUCUCAAGUAUUUGGUUAUAUACUAAUUAAAAGAAACUAUGUUCUGAAUGAUAAAAGUAGAGUUGGAACGUGUGGAAGAUUUAAGAAUUGCAAAUCAACUACCGGCUAGAAAGGCUGAAAGAAAGAAGUUGGAGUAAACUGCAAUAAGUUCUGUAAAUUAAAACAUAAAAAACUGAAGAGUAGAGGAUGUGUAACGAUAAAACUGGUGUGACAGAAAUGUCAGAUGGGAAAGGAUGAAAAGGAAACACAGGAAACAAAUGAUUGAUUGCUGUAGAAUGAAGUGACACGAUGAAAAGAUGUCUGACGUGUGUAAAAAGUGCAGCUUUGACACUCUGUAAACAAACCUGUUGCUAUCCUAUUAGAUAUCCUGCUUUACAGACAGGAAGUAGCUCCUGUUACUCUCGCUCUGAUAAAUAUAUUCUAAGAAUUUGUGUUCAGUGAUUGUGUUUUUGUAGUUUCACUCUGCAGCAGUGUGCAUGUGUGUGUGUGUGCUUUGUUUGCUGUAGUUUUCCAGGGAAAUGCUUUUUACAGUAGAUUUGAUUUCUCAUCAGUUGAUAUGAAACAAGAGAGCGAUAACACGUCUGUUUAGCUUUGAUUCUUUCCCACAGAGACAUGCGGCUGAAUAAAAAUAGACGUGACUCA